AAAAUUUAUGAAAUAUGAAUUUGGCACAGAUAAGUAGCAGUGUAAUAUUUAUCACUAUGAUAACUAUUCUUGCUGGUGAAUAUGUAUUUUAUUCCAAUCCUCCAAGGGAUUUCCAUUUACCGUUAUAUAUAAGACCAAUACAUUAUCAAGUGAACUUAAUUCAACUACUAUAUAUUAAAGUACACAAUUCUAGUGCGGAAGAAACAUUAAAUACAAACGAUGAAAACAGCAAUUUUCUAUUUGUCGGAACAUCCAAUGUAACUAUCAAUAUUGUUCGGUCAACACGUAAUAUAAGAUUGCAUUCAUUACAUCCAAUUAUAAAUGAUGACAAAGUGACAUUAAUUACAAGCGAUGGUAAAAUUUAUCACAUAAGCGAAUAUACAGCGGAAGAAAAUAUUAUCGAUUUCAGUUUUGAUGAUGUUUUAACUCCCGGAUUGUAUACUAUAAAAAUACAAUUCUUUGAUGAACUUCUGAAAAGAUAUGCUCAAAAUUUUUUCGAAUAUUCCAAGAAUAACGAUGAAAAGGACAUAAUAUGGUUAAUUUCACCAACUAUCCAAACAACUGGACUCGGUAAAUUGUUUCCUUGUUGGAGUGAAGCACAUUUAAAAGCCACGUUCAAAAUAUCUAUAUAUCAUCAUCGCAAUUAUACUGUUUUAUUCAAUAUGCCGGUAAUACAAGCCUAUAACAAUGUUGAUGAAAAUUAUUUGUGGACGUACUUCCAUGUUACUCCCCCAAUGUCCAUUUUGCAACUUGCAAUAGUUGUGACCACUUUCUCUCGCAUUCGUAUUAACGAAAAUAUCACAUUGUGGUGCAGAAAAUACUCAAACGAACAAUCUGUCAACUUAGAGUUCGUAAAGGAUUUCAUAAAAAAUAUCACAUUGCAUUUGAUGUCUGAAUUUAGUGAAAUAAGUAUUCCAAAAAUAGAUCACGUUGCAGUUCCAAAUUUUCCAUACCAUGUCACGUCUAAAUGGGGAUUAAUCUUUCAUAGAGAAGCAGAUCUUAUCUAUGAUAAACAAGUAGAUACAGUUAUGCGCAAGAUCCAAAUCGCGCGUUUAAUAGCACCUAAAAUAGCAUAUCAAUGGUUCAGUAACGUAGUCAGCAUAUCUUGGUGGUCUCAUUUUUGGUUGCAUGACAGUCUUGCUACUUUAUUUGGAGAAGAAGCUAUUGUUAAGACUUUCAAUAAAUCUAAAUUAAUGGAUUUCUUCCUAGUACAAAGUCAAUACGAUUCUUUACAUUUAGACUCUCAUUAUAAUAUGAAUCCUGCUAAAAUCAGUAAUCUAUCGAAGAUUGAUUCAAUUUUCAGUUUUCCUCGGAGCAUGAAAGUACUGGUCGUUUUACGAAUGUUCCAAAAUGCAAUUCUCACUGAAAAUUUUCGGAAAAAUGUUCACACAUAUCUACGGAGGCACAUAUUUAGCUCAAGUUUUUAUGAAAUCUCGCCGAUACACGAAAUCUUAGAUUGGAAAAUACAUAAUGUAUCAAAUGAAUUUCUAACUUGGAUAGAAAACGAAAGAUAUCCUGUUAUGACAUGGAAACGAGAAACUCGUAACCAGGGAACAUUGUUUCAAUGUAUCACGGACAUUUAUGGAAAACGUGACAGUUAUGGAAAAUGGUGGAUACCUGUAACUUUAUAUUAUCCAUUUUCAAAGAUUAAUAUCCAAAAAGUAUUUUUAAUCCCAACACAACCGAUUGCAUCAGUACAUAUAAAUGAUCCCAAUAGUUGGAGGAUAGUCAAUUUUGAGUCAUCCGGAUACUUUCGUGUCAAUUAUGAUAAUAAAAUCUUGAGUACAAUUAUAAAUACAUAUCGACUUCCAUUAUAUAAAUCUAUAAAUGUCAUCGAUCGUGCGAAAAUCAUAGAUGAUGCGUUUCAUUUCAUGAUGGAACGUCAGUUCAACGUAUCUAUAUUUUGGAAUCUCACGCAACACUUUUCGAGAGACACAGAUUAUGUGGCAUGGUAUCCGAUGAUUAAAAUAUUUGAAUAUAUGUCGACUCUGAUACCAUUUGUAGUCGACGAAGUUAAGUAUAUCAAUAUUAAGGAAAAAUUUUGGAAAUUGUUGGAUAAACCAUUAAGGACACUAGGGUUUGAAGAAGAUCUAAAGGAAGAUGAUUUUACUAAGUACUUAAGACAAGAAAUCGUGAAAUGGUCAUGUUCGUUUCGAUACAAUAAGUGCAUACAAACGGCCCACGAUAAAUUAAAAGAGCAUCUCAAUGAUCUUAAGAAAAAUCAAAAUUCUAGACUUUUACCAGGGUGGAGGCAGUGGACAUACUGCAAUGGUUUAGCAAUCGGUCAUAAUUUUGUGUGGUUCAAUUUAAUAAAAAAAUGGUUUAAAAACUUUCAACCAAACAACUACGAGCUGUUACCGUACUUAGUUUGUUCUGGUUUAAAUGUAAAUAGUAGUUUAUCAUUUAUAGCACAGUUCACAACAAGGCAAAGACAAGAAAUUGAAUCUUACAAUCGGACUUACAUACAUAUUUUUCAUUCAGUUACUACUAAACUUGCUGCCAAAUAUGACAUUACCUUUGAGCAGAUGUUAGAAAAGCUUAACGAUAUAAAACCUAAAGAAAUCAACAUACUAACGGUACUAGGUAAUAUUAUCAACCAUAUGUAUUCUGAAAUUGAUCUUAAUAAGUUGUCCGAUUAUCUAGAGAAAAUGAGACAAAAUACUAUAUUUUCUUUAACUGAAUUACAAUUUUCAAAUGUUCUACAUAAGAUACAAAAACGAUGUUCAGAAAUUAAUAAUCAUAUACAAUAUUUUGAGUUUAUAAGUGAUUCUUAA